GGUCUGGUUAGUUCGUUUUCUCUCUCUCUCUUGAUGGCGAUCUGUCAUUUGAAUCUGAGAUGGGCUUGUGAGCUACUUAUUAUCUCUGCCUUCUGUGUUGUUCAGAGUCGGUUUGUCCAUCCGCCUGUGAAUGGAUCCCUGGGCCAGUCAGUCUCCCUACCUGUGGAGAUGCCAAACAAAUUGAAUGUUUCUGAGGUUAGCUGGAAACGAUCUUUAACCAAUACCAAAAUUGUUGGAUUGUCAAGAAGCAACAUUCAAUAUUUUGGCAGCGAAGAGUACAAGAAACGGAUACAUUUUCAUCCUGGGAACUUCAGUCUCCAAAUCAGUGACUUACAGAGAGAGGAUACUGGGCAAUAUGAGGUAACUGUAACUGCAGAUUCAGGAAAACUAACAUCAGAGACAGUUCAACUGGAUGUUUAUGAGCCUGUGACGGGAACAAACAUCAGCAUUGUAAACAUCACUAACUGCAAUGUGACCCUGAGGUGCUCAGUGAACACAGGCAGUAACGUCAGCUUCACCUGGUGGAGGGGACAAGAAGCAUUGGGAAACAACCUCACCCAUCACGUCUUUGAAAAUAGAGAGAGUUCGCAGCUUUUGUUCACAAAAGAGACCCAUGAGAGUGUUGUGAGGUGUGAGGCCAGCAAUCCAGUCAGUCACGAGAUUGCACAGAUCAAACUGGAAGAUAUCUGUAAUGGAAAUGUAUCUGAGUUAUCAACACGCUUACCUUACAUUGCACUUAUUUUGGGUAUACUAUUUCUCUGUCUUGUAUGCUAUGUUCUGAAGAAACAAGUUACGUUGCGGAAAACAUCUUUGCAUGAUGAAGCUUCAAAAAAGCAGCGAAACAUACAGGAUGCUAUGGAUAACCCAUCAACUGUUUACUGUCAAGUGCAACCAGUGUGUAGACGUGAAGAAAAACGCCCUCCCCCAGAAGGAAAUGAAAUGAAUGUAAUACACAAUGACACUUGUGAGUUACCAAGCACAGUGUAUGAUAUCAUCAAGCCGCCCGGAAACUAGACCCUACAUCACAGGAUUCAAUUCAGGAUAAACUCAGAUCCCUGCCUGCUCUGUACUGUGAGGCCAACCCAGCCUGGGUCAACAAGGACGGAGGAUGGGAUUAGUCCUUAGCCACAGAACAAAGAAAAUACCACUCUUCCCAUCUCACCUGUGCUAGGUAUCUUUGCUGAGUGUUUUGGAUUUCUUUCUGACAUUCUGUAAUUACCUAGAUCUGUGUUUAGAAAAGUCAAAUGAAUCUGAAAAUGCAGCCGAUGAAUGUGUGUGCUUAGAACGGAUAGAAAGACAGAAGUUUAUUGCUUUAUUUUUAUGUUUACUUUUUUAAAAAAAACAAAGAUGCUGGAGCAGGCUAUUCAGCUCCUGGAGCCUUUACUGCAAUCA